AUGCUUAUAUGGUUAGCCAAAGAGGAUAAGCUAAAGUCAACAUCUGACAUUGAUGAGAUGAUUUCUGCAGAGAUACCAGACCCCAAUCUAGAUCCAGAAGGGUAUGCUGCAGUGGUUAAGUUCAUGAUUCAUGGACCUUGUGGUGUUAACAACCCCACUUCACCAUGUAUGAAAGAUGGUAAAUGUUCGAAGUAUUUUCCAAAAGAAUUCUGUUCAGAAACUUCGUUCGACAAGUUUGGCAAUGUCGUGUACAGAAGAAGAAAUUCCGGCAUUCAGGUUCAAAAAGGAAAGGCAAUGCUGGAUAAUAGAUAUGUCGUUCCAUACAAUCGGAACUUAUUGGUUAGAGCUCAAGCCCAUAUUAAUGUGGAGAUAUGUCACAAGGGAGGCUUAGUGAAGUACUUAUUUAAGUACAUUACUAAAGGACCCGAUAGAUCUCUUAUUGUUGCAGAAGACUCGACAAGCUCAGUUCAGGUGCCAUCAAAUAUAACAAAAAAAAAAACCAAAGACGAGAUACAAGAGUUCAUUGAUUGCAGGUUGUUGUCCUCAUACGAAGCUAUAUGGAGAAUCAACGAGUAUUCUAUACACCACAGAGAGCCUAAUGUGGUUCGACUUGGUGUACACAUGGAUGGACAAUAG